AUGAAGAAAAAAAAAAAAAAAACAUCACGAGUGUGCGAGUUACAUUUCAAUCCAUGUGAUAUAUCUCGGACAUAUUCGUGUUGGAGCAAUACCAGUUCUAAAACCACUCUAGAGUCAACUGAAACAGCAGAAACCAAGGAAGAUUUUUUACAAAGAACUAUAAAACCAAAACUAAACACUAAUGCAAUACCAACAAUAUUUGAAGUAAAACAUUCACAGAAAGUGCCACAAUCUCCAGCAGCUUGCUGUAAAAAACUUGAUUGGUCUGAUGAGCCAUUUACAAUUAAACCUCUACCAUUGUCUUUAAAUAAAUCAAGUAGUCACUAUAAAUCUCAAGAGACUAGUUUGCAGAUGGUUUUAAUUGACUCGUUUAAAAGGUUGUUGGAAAAUGUAACCAACAUAAAUUUGCCUGUUGGUUGGAAUUAUUUUUAUGACCAAACAGCAGUCACUUAUUAUUUCAUAAAACAUGAAUGUAUUCAAGAAGUGAAAGCUGUAAUUGAAAGACAAAUUGUUUUAACAUCAGAAUCUAUUAUACAUUUUUAUGCUUAUGAUAAAUUAGUUGAUAAAGAACAACUUUUGAUUAAUUUACAAUAUCCAUUUAAUUUAAUAGACUUAGAAAGAGUUAUCAUAAUGUUUUCCCAAAAACAACUCUGUGUGGGUGGACCAAAUGCACUAAAUUACCCAGGUUAAUCUAAUAUAUAAUUUUUAACAUUUAUUUCACAAAAACUAAAUAUAUAUUAUGUAUACAAUUAAAUAUAAUAUAAAUCAUUUUAUUGAAAGGUAUCACCGAUAGAAAUUCUAAAUUAGAAAUGAACAAUGUUUGGCAUCAUUUAAAUUAAUGGUAAUAGGUUCUACCUAUUUUUUAUUUCAUAAAUGUUACCUAUAUAAUAGAUACCUAUGUCUU